AUCAGCUGAUGUGGUUGCCAAGCCCCCCUCCAUCAUAUUUGAAAAAUCAUGACUGUCAGGUGAAGUUCUCAUUGACUAGAAAAAGGGAAACACAGAGAAAGGAAGACCCAGGGAACUACAGGCCAGUGAGCCUCACACUUGUGCCUCGGAAGAUCAUGGAGCAGAUUCUCUUGGAAGAUAUGUUAAGCCACAUGUCAGAUGAGGAGGUGAUCCGAGAGAGCCACCAUGGCUUCAUCAAGGGCAGAUCGUUCCUGACCAAUCUGGUGGCCUCCUAUGAUGGAGUGAUGGCAUUGAUGUACAAAGGCAAGGUAACUGAUGUUGACUACCUGGACUUCUGCAAGGCCUUUCACAUGGUCCCACAGCACAUCUUUAUCUCUAAAUUGGAGACAUAUGGAUUUGAAGGCUGGACUAUUAGGUGGAUAAAGAACUGGUUGGAUGGCCAUAGCCAGAAGGUUGUUGUCAAUGGCUCUAGGUCCAUCUUUAGCAGUGCUUCCGUGUUGGUGAGCCCCGUUGUCCCAUGGUCCAAGAAACCAGGCAACAGUGGGUUCAUUUGGGUGCUGUGAGAAAUCUUUUCUCAAUACUUGAAUUUCAGUCAUUUUCAGAGGUCGAGUAGUGAUGGUGGCAAUGUCUUCCUCACCUUCUUCUCUUCCAGCUUUUGCUGUCACCUUCCUCGGUGUUGGUGACAGUGGUCUUGUUGAGGACCCCUCCCCUUGGAUCUUCUUCCUCUCCUUCCUCCUCCUCCUCAUCUUCCUUCUGUUCUAAGCGAGCCAACAUCCGUUUCAAUUUCUGUCCUCAUACAGGGGCAGCUGACAUGGAGACUGGUGCCUCCUGUGGUUGAUCAGGUUGCGUAGUUUUGACGCCCUUUCUUUCUAGCUCGACUCAGGGAGUGUCUUGUUUGGGUUGGGGGGUGUUUCGUUCAGCUUGCAGAUUUUCCCUUUCCACUCGGAGACUUUCCUUCUCAGAUCAGAGACUCUUGCUCAGUUUGGAGAUUCUCUUGCUCAACUAGGAUACCUUCUUUCUCAGUUUGUACUCUCUCCUGGAAAGUCUCCCUUCCGGCUUUGAGACAGUCUUUCUCAGUUUCAGAGACUCUCUCCCCCUCUGGGAUAGUACUGUAUGAGGCGUGGUAGACUUAGGCCAGGCCCCAAAUAAUUUGUGCCUCCUCAGAUCUACCUGAGCCACAGCAUCCAUGUCUCGUGUACCUGCUUUGGUUCUUAGGAUCUUGCAGGUGUUCAGGAGUAAGGUUCCAAGACACUGACAAUGCCCAUCUCUCUGAAGUCUCUCCCAAUUCCCUCCACACUUCUUGCCACUCAGUAUUCUCUGGCUUUGGGGAAGACUUCCUCAAAAUAUGAUAGAAAUGGAUGCUGAGUGAAAUGAUGAGGAGUACAGUCAGGGAGGUGAGCAACAUGAUCAUCAGAUGAGUGUUCAAGAAACUCAUAAGGGAUUCAAGGGAGAGACUGGAAGCCUGUUUAAAAACCACAGGUUCUGUAAGAUUAGCAACCCCCUCUGGGACGUACCUUUCAAUGUCCUAUUCAUACCACACUGUAUACAGACACCAAAUAGGUAUUUCCAUCAGUGUUUUUAAUUUGUUAUAUAGACGUGUAGCUCCACAGAGCAGUGGCACUUAAUAAAGGCCCAGUAUGUUCUGAGUGUUG